AUGGUGGCUUUAUCAGAUUCAGAAUUUGAUGAUGUGGAGAAACAAUUAAAAAAUACGAAUCUUCAUUACGAGAGUGAAGAGUACAGUGAUGACGAUACCGUCUAUCCUUAUGGCACUGUUGAAAAAAAGGAUGAAGCUUUGUAUAAUGAAAAAGAAAUUUAUGAUAGUGAAGAAUAUAGUGAUGCCGAUGUUAUAUAUCCAAAUCGUUCAACUAGUUCCUCAUCAAAUUCAGGACAAAGUAUCGAUGGACAAUGGACAAUAGUUGAACCUGGAAAUGAUAAGAUAUCACGAGUCUUACCAGCUUUCCAAGAAAAAACUGGACCUAAUUUUCCAGUUAGCUCUUCUGAAUGGGCAUGUGGUGUUGAUUUAGCAUUAGGGACCUAUUUACCAUUAGAUGUCGUUGGUCCCGAACGUACAUAUCAACUUAAAGAAGAAAAGAAAUAUCGAUCAAUAUUAACAGAAUAUGCCAUUAAUGAUGUUUUCGUAGUUACCAAAUUAUCUUAUAAAUUAAAUUUAAUACAAUUUUUAUCAACAAAUGAUUAUGAAGAUGUUUCCGACCAUGAAGACAAUAUUAAUUUACAACAAGAAGUAUCAAUUAAUAUACCAUCAACAUAUGAAUAA